AUGACGGCCGCCGACCAUGGAAAGCAGCAAAACAACUCGAUUGUCAUCUUUCUCAUCUUCGCCUCCAUGUCAGGAUGGAUGUUCGGUGCUGAUACCGGAACCAUCGCUGGUUUGAUCAACAUGGACAACUACUUGCAGCACUUUGGUGACAUCCGCGAUGCCGCUACCGGUGUCGUUACUGGAAUGUCUAACGUUCGUCAGGGUCUCGUCGUCGGUAUGGUCAACAUCGGUACUCUUAUUGGAUGUCUUUUGUCCUCUCCUAUUGCCGAUGGCUACGGAAAGAAGAUUUCUGUCAUGUUCUGGUGUGUCGUCUACCUCAUUGGUAUUGUUCUCCAGAUCUCCGCUACCAACUCUUGGGUGCACGUUAUGGUCGCGCGUAUCAUCACUGGUCUCGGUAUUGGCGCUUUGUCUGUCGUUACUCCUUCUUACCAGUCUGAGACUGCUCCCAAGUCCGUCCGUGGUACUGUCGUCACCACUUACCAAUUGUUCGUCACCCUCGGUAUCUUUGUUGGAUACUGUAUCAAUUACGGAACCGAGAGCCGUCAGGACACUGGCUCCUGGAGGAUUCCUAUCGGUAUCAACUUCCUAUGGGGUAUCAUCCUUGGUGUCGGCAUGCUCUUCUUGCCCGAGUCUCCUCGUUACCUUCUGAAGGCUGGCCGUGAGAAGGACUGCCGUCGCGUUCUUGCCAAGAUGCGUGGCACCAACGAAGACGAUGAGAAUGUUGAAGCCGACUACCAGGAGAUCGCUAGGAACUUGGAGAAGGAGAUGGCUGGUGGAACCGCUAGCUGGGCUGAGGUCUUCGGCAAGCGUGUCCGUUACAGGACCUUCCUCGGAAUGGCUGUCAUGUCCUUCCAACAGCUUUGCGGUGCCAACUACUUCUUCUACUACGGUACCUCUAUCUUCACCGGUAUCCAGGUCGUCGAUUCUCCUUUCGUCGCUCAGAUCAUUCUCGGUGUCGUUAACUUCGUUUGCACUUUCGGUGGUCUUUACGUUUUGGAGCGCUUCGGUCGUCGUACUCCUCUCAUCAUCGGUGCUUUGUGGAUGUUCGUAUGUUUCUUGAUUUUCUCCUCCGUCGGUAACUACAAGCUAUACGGUGGACCCAACGAGACCGACCCCAACAAGAGUGCCGGUAUUGCCAUGAUUGUCUUUGCCUGUUUCUACAUUCUCGGCUUCGCUACCACUUGGGCUCCAGCUGCCUAUGUUAUCGUUGGUGAGUCCUACCCUCUCAGGGUUCGUUCCAAGUGUGCUGGUCUCGCUACUGCUUGCAACUUCGGCUGGAACUUCUUGAUUUCUUUCUUCACUCCUUUCAUCACUGGUGCUAUCGGCUUCAAGUACGGUUACGUUUUCGCUGCUUGUUGUUUCGCUUCCGCCGUCAUCAUAUUCUUCUUCGCCAAGGAGACCAAGGGUCUUUCUCUCGAGCAGAUCGAUGUCUUGUACGCUUCCGACAUCAAGCCGUGGCAGUCUGUUGGCUUCUUGCCUGAGCACGGCUUCGACACCGACGGCAACGACGACAAGGCCUCUGACAAGGAUGAGACUGCCGCUGAGAUGGACACCUACCAGGACCCCUACCCCAAGCACGGUCAUGAGGACCCCAAGGCGCAAAAGGCGAAGAAGGUUAACAGGGCCAAGUACGGGCUUGCGCCUAGGUCGCAGCACGUUGAGAACAGGUCCGGCGAGGGCGGCAGUGGCUCCAGGCCCAAUGCUGAUGUCGAUAGUGUAUGA